AUUUGCGGAAUACAAAUAUAUAGAUAGUUUAACUGCGUCUAUUUUGGAAAGAAUAUCUUAAUUCUAAAGUAAAUGAGCGAUUUAUUUCAUAAUACAUGUACUGUAUAGUUUAUGGUACCACAGCUGGUACCUAAGUACUCUCGUUAGUAAUAGCGGAACAAAUACGGAAACAACUAUGUUGGCAACCAGCAAUACUCAAAAUUCUUGAAUCUGAUUGGCUAAAAAUGACAUCUUAAUAGAACGGAACCUUUCUAACCUCAUUAAUAAAUUAUUUAAAAUUAAAUAGGUAAAUUUUCCAAUUAAACACCGUUAUUGUCUUAAGGAAACGUGUCUCUUGGCAUUUUCGAAUCCUUAUUGUAAUUUUCCGCCAAGUUCUACAUAAUGACAUCCACCGAGUAAGUGAAAAAGUAUUGAUUUUUGUUCAGAAACCACCCAGUGUUUCUACUAUUUAUCUCCUGACAUAUUAAUGUAUUUUGGGAACUUCACGUGUUGGUUGAUAACAUGAUAACUAAAUUACAUAUUUUAAUUAUCUAUUAUUUAUAGCGGAACAUAAAUGUGAAGAAUAACUUGCAAUAAACAACUUUAUCAUAAAACGAGGAUAACCCUUGUGACCUCUUGGCGAGCCCCUUGCCUCCAGCAGAGAUUUAUCAGUAAUAAUUAGGAAAUACUUUAUAUACAGUGUGUUUUAAUUUAUCGUACAAAAAUCAGCUAGGUAUACAAACUAAAAAUAAAUAUGCUUUGCUUUGUUUUUGUAAUUCCUGACUAGAAUGAGCAACUAAAUUUUGGAAAUUUUGGUUCUAAAUCUAGAAUAACUGGUUCCCAAUCAAAACAAGGCUAUACAUUUGUAGAUGCUGACAUGCAGCCUGACAUUUUAAUUUUUGUUCAAAAUAUUGUUUAGUUUCUUAAAAUUUCUAGCAUAAUUAUGACUUUAUUUACAAGAACAUUGCAUUUAUCAGUUAGACUUAUUAGGGUGCAAGCAAGGGGGUCAACACAAAUUCAUUGCAAAUAUUCCAAAAAAACAGCCAAUAUAAUUGAUGGUAAGAAAAUAUCUGCAGAAAUCAAAGCCGAAGUCAAAAAAGAAAUUGAUCAGUGGGUUGGUCAGGGCCACAGAAGACCAUGUUUAAUAGCUAUACUAGUUGGAGAAGAUCCAGCCAGUCAAAAAUACGUAGAAAACAAAAUGAUAGCUUGCAAAGCUGUUGGCAUAGAAUCAAAAACAAUAAGACUGGCUGACACAACUGAAGAAUCUGUGUUGCUCACACAAAUUGACAAACUCAACCAAGAUUCAAAUGUUGACGGUAUUUUGGUGCAACUGCCAGUACCAGAGCACAUUUGUGAAAAAAAAGUCAUGAACGCUGUGGACCCUCAAAAAGACGUCGAUGGCUUCCACACCAUAAAUGUUGGCAAACUAAUGGCCAACGCUGAUACAUUUGUCCCUGCAACCGCUUUAGGAGUCAUUGAAUUAAUUAAGCGCUACAACAUUCCAACUUUUGGCAAAAAUAUAGUGAUUUGUGGGCGUUCCAAAAAUGUCGGUCUGCCAAUGGCCUUAUUGUUGCACUCUGAUGCAAAGUACGAACUGCCAGGACAUGAAGCGACUGUCACAUUAUGCCACAGGCAUACACCACCUGAAGAAUUGGAAUUUUUCGCUAAAAGAGCAGAUAUCAUUAUCAGUGCCACAGGCGUUGUCAAUUUAAUCAAACCCCAAAUGAUAAAACCAGGAGCUUGUGUUAUAGAUGUUGGAAUUAAUAGGAUAACAACUGAAGAGGGCAAAACUAAACUAGUGGGGGAUGUUGAUUUUGAAGGAGUAAGUAAAGUUGCUGGUUAUAUAACUCCAGUGCCAGGAGGUGUGGGACCCAUGACAGUGGCAAUGCUCAUGUUCAACACGCUAAAAGCUGCCAAACAAUUAGUUAACAAUAAUAACUAAGAUGUAAAACAUUUUGUAUAUUAUAUUACACAGUAUUAUAGCACUUUAUUUUGUUUAAAAUAAAUUAUAACUGAAUUGUUAAAGCUGUAUCAUAAUAUUUCAUCUCCCCAGUAUUACUAGUGGUAGUUCCUCUAAUGCACAAAUCCAACUGAUUCAAUUCAAACUCUCCAAAAUAAAAGUCCUUGUGACUUUCCAAUAUUUUGCUUGCAUCAAAAGACAUUUUUUGCUCACUCUCGUGCCUAAAACUUUUAUUCAUUACAGUCAUGUGCAAUUUGACCCUGUCAUACUCCUUUUUAGCUAAGCCAGCUUUGUUGAAAUAAUUUGCAAUAGUAUCGCACAUUGUUUGUAACUUCUCUGGAUUUUGAAUUUUUACUUCUGCAUAUAAAACAUUAACAUUUGAAGGGUCAUCGUUCAUUAUUUCCAAACCUUGGAUAAUGGCUUUCUGAGGUUUUUCAAAUAUUUUAGAAAUGUGGUUGGCAUAACAAGAUUGUAGAAUGUUUAUGGCUCUAGUAACUUCGCCUUCAUCCAAUAAUUUGAGCAUAACAACAGUCAAAUGCAUUUUAACGUCUUUUUGAAAUAUUGACUCUGUGAUUCCUCUUGCAGGUUGUUCUAAAACACUUUUUUUGAAUUUUAAUAAGUUUGAACUAAUCAUAUCUGAUUUGAUUGGUAUAGAGACAAAAUGUGUUGGAGGCAUUCUUUCUUUUCCCUGUGCUAUUAUUAUAUCGAUUUGGGUUUUAGCUGAAGCUACUUGUCUCUCAGUAUUUCCUUCAAUUAUAAUGUCUCCCUUUUCAUUUAUACGUGGUACUUUGAUUGAAGUGUUUGUGCUGUUUUGAAGUGCCUUCAAUUUGCUGCCUUUGGCUCCAAUAAUAAAGGAAAAAAGGCUAGAAGGGACAUACAUUGAAGUUUGAAACUUGCCAGAUUUUGUAUAAGUAAUGUUAUGGGUUUCCUCCAUGUCCAUGCAAUCUAUUAAAUCGUCGUCGUUGUCCAAAUAAGGUUCUAAUUGAGGGUUUUCUUGUUCUUGAGGUUUAUCUGAAGUUUCCAAUGUGAGUUUCCAGCAAGUUUUAUCCCCAAAAGCUAAUGGGGUAACUUUGUAUGGUAGUGGGCCUGUUACAUAAAAGAAAUCAGGAAAUCCAUUAUUCUGGUCUGAC